GAUCUUGUUGAGACGUUACCCCCGUCUCAUUCCCCCGGCAUCGUUUGUCAUGAGUCAUCUCCUAUGGCUAUGAGUGGAUCCGAAGUAAUUUUCUUCCGAAAUAGUCUACACACCCAUCUUCCAUCUUAAAUCUCCUUAUCAUAUACCUCUUUUCUUAGUUGACCUGGUUUCUGCCUGCUGAGAAGCUCCGAAAUACUUGCCUCCUUUCUGUGCGGCUUUCUGGCUCAUAUCCCUGAAUCUUUCAGGUGUCUUUGGAAAAUAUGAGUGUGGGCUUAAAGAAAUCCCCUUCGAAUGGAUUAGAUAAGCUUUUGACAUCUGAUGAGCAGCAGGCUAAGAUUAAUGAGUUGAGAAGGUUAAUUGGGCCAUUGCCAGAUAAGUUGUCCAUUUAUUGUUCUGAUGCAUCAAUCUCAAGAUAUCUGCGGGCACGUAAUUGGAAUGUCAAGAAAGCAAGUAAAAUGCUGAAAGAUUCCUUGAAAUGGAGAUUGGAAUACAAACCAGAAGAGAUACGCUGGGAGGAGAUUGCUCAUGAAGCGGAGACAGGGAAAAUCUACAGAUCAACUUCUAUUGACAAGCAUGGGAGAUCAGUUCUUGUCAUGAGACCUAGUCGCCAGAACUCAAAAUCAACAAAAGGACAAAUCAAGUAUUUGGUCUAUUGCAUGGAGAAUGCCAUUGUAAAUCUGCCACCAGACCAGGAACAAAUGGUUUGGCUCAUUGAUUUUGAGGGUUUUAAUUUGUCAAAUAUUUCAGUGAAGCUGACAAGGGAAACUGCUCAUAUUUUACAAGACCGCUAUCCUGAACGCCUGGGUUUGGCAAUAUUAUACAACCCGCCCAAGUUUUUUGAGCCAUUCUGGAUGGUGGUGAAGCCCUUUCUGGAACCCAAAACUUACAAUAAAGUCAAGUUUGUUUACUCUGAUGACGUCAACACCAAGAAGAUAAUGGAGGAUUUAUUUGAUAUGGACCAGCUGGAGUCUGCAUUUGGUGGAAAUGGCGACAUGGGUUUUGAUAUAAAUAAAUACGCAGAAAGGAUGCGAGAGGAUGACAAGAAGAUGUCCUCUUUUUGGACUAGGGGAAAUCCUCCCUUAGCAUCCCCACAAACAGCUUUGACAAGUGCUCCAAUAGAUUCAAUCAAUUUAGGCUCAGAUUCUGACGCUUCUGAUGUUGAGAAAACAGACUGUUCCCCUUCUCAAGGGGUGGAAUUGGAAGUUACAUUCCCAGGUCAGCAUAUGCCGGACACCGAUGUUGGCAAAAGCGCCGUCUGACAUGUAUAUUAGAAUGGAGACAUAACAAAGUUUGAACUCCUUGGUUAAGGUAUGGUGACUGAACCAUACCAAAUGCCCUUUACUGACCAUUUGACAUUUAAAUUAGAAACCUGAAAAAGUCUCAGAUUUCUGUGGACUUAUGUUAGCAUUGUGAAGAUUCCAUGGAUUAUUUUACCUUGUAAUGCAAAGCAAAUGAAUUCAAAACAUCAUUACAGGCGGGUAUGUCUGUCUUUUUGCUUUC